CAUACAUCAUUUCUUUUGUUGUUUUGAUUUAUUUAUCAAGAGAAAAGGCGAGAGAAAGAGAGAAAAAAAAAAGGAAAAAUGAAUGAAGUAAGAUGUUCGUGAUUGUCAAGGUUGGUUUAUAUUUAUUUUCUUUGAGGUUUUGAAUAAUCAUGAUCAUAAUAUUAAAUUAAUAAAACAAACAGAUGGAAUAACUGGAUCGAAGAAAAACUUAUUACCAAUCAACAUUCAUCAUCACAAGAAAUAAUAAAUGAAUAUCAUGAAGAAUUAAGAAUAAAUUUAAAAAAAAAUACAAAUACAAUGGAAAAUAUUAUUCAACAAAGUCCAAUUUUAUCUCAAUCGAAUCAAGAUUCACGAUUAAAUCGUUCAUUAGAAACAAGUCAAUUUGUUGCGGUUGCUGCAUCUAUUAAUUUAAAAAAUCUGCUUUCUUAUCAAGAUGUUAUGAAUGCAAUUGAACGUGAUUAUCAUUUACAUGAAGGACAAGAACGUGAAAUAAUUAUGAAAUUAUGGUUAAAAGGACAAACAAUGAUUGCAAUUUUACAACGUUUUAGAUAUUUAUUACAAGAUCUUAAUAUAGAUAAUAAAGAUUUUUCUGAAGGAUUAAAACAAAUACGUGAAAAAGUAAAUUAUGCUCAUCGUGAUGUAUAUUAUCUUCAAGAAAAAAACCUUAUACUUGAAAAUCAAAAUAAUUUUCUUGAAAAUGAAUUUAAACGACAAUUAGAUAAAAUAGUUGAAGAAAAAAAUGAACAUAUUAAUCGACUUAUACAUAUUAUUGAUCAAACAUAUACACGAUCAACUCAAAUAAAUAAUCAUAUUAAUGAUGAAUAUUAUUCAUCAAGUAAAUAA